AUGGAGCGCGGUCCGAUGGUGAACGAGGCGCAGGCGGUGAACCUGGCGCGGCAACUCGCAUCGGCCGUGGCGUUUUGCCACGCGAGCGGCAUCGUGCAUCGCGAUAUCAAGCCCGACAACGUGCUGGUCGUCAUGCGCCCCGUGGACCAUAACCACCACCAUCACCUCCCGUCGUCCCCUUCCGCUGACGACUCCGAUCUUCUGGCCGUCGAUUUCCCCUCGUCUCCCAAAUCUACCCUCAAAGACGCCGGGCCUCUCUCCUCCUCCUCGUUCUCCCCCGGUUCCCGUCGUGGCGCUUCGCGGUCGCCGUGCUCCUUGGCCUCGUUCUGCCUGCUGGACUGGCUCUCCACCCCCGACGCAGCUCCCACUGCGGAUAAUUCCGAGUCCCCGUCCACCUCGCACCACACGGAUGACCAAUGUGGGAUCGUGAAUGGAGGUGCCACCGCCGCCCACAAAACUCCAGGAAAUGAGAAUGCAGGGGGGUCCGCGGAUUUGGAGGUUGAGUCUCCGCCAGCAGCGCCGAUGACGAGCGCACAGCGUCGUGAGCUGGUCGUCGGAGUGAAGCUGACCGACUUCGGGGGCUCUGCCGUGCUCAAGGGCGGGCUAAGCGGUGUUGUUAAAGGGCGGGGCGCGGGAACGCGCGGGUACAUGGCGCCGGAGGUGAUCACGGGACAGGCGUACGGGUGCAAGGCUGACGUGUUCAGCCUCGGGAUCACUCUGUCCACCAUGCUGACGGGACAUAUCCCCGCCACGCCUGUGGACUUCUCCAAGCCCAUCUGGGAGAACGUGCCAGAAGGCGCGAAGGAUCUAAUCCGUCAAAUGCUUUACAUGGACCCGAAUCGACGGCUGAGCUCGUUUCAGGUGAUGGAGCAUCCGUGGCUGAAUCAGCCAGAGGCGAGGCGUGCGGAUGUCACUACCAGGUACCCCAGCCUGCUGCAGCCUUUAGCAAUGGUGACGACGGAGAUGGCGUACUGUCAGGGCAGUACAAGUAAGGGCGGCAGCGGGGUCAGUGGGAGGAAGUGCUGCAGUGGUCAAAGGAAUGCAGAUCGAAGUGCUCAAGUUGAGUGCGAAGCAGCAGCCCCAUAA